AUGACAGCUCCGCCAGUCCGCAAAGUCGGCCGAGGAGGCGCAGGAAACAUCUACUUCUCCAACGACCCUUCUUCCUUGGCCGCUGCCGCCGCCGAAGACCAGGCAUACAGCGGGAGAGAAGAUCUCGAAGCGCAAUUAGAUCCGACAUCUGAUCCGCUCUCGCGCAUCGCUACCACCGCGUCCUCCUCCUCGAGCUACGUGAAUCAGGAAUACGCGCAUUCCGGUCGAGGCGGAGCCGGGAACUGGUUUCGGCCUUCAGACGUGGCGGCUGCGGUUGCGGCCGACGCCGAGGCUGAAGCUGAGGCUGAAGCAGCGUCGGCGUCAGCGCAGGAACAAGAAUCGACGGCGGGAGGACAAGGACAAGACGCGCAGGCAACAAGGAGAAUUAGUAAUGCGACAACAACAACAACGGCAACAACAACGACAACAGGACAAAGCGGGGCCUACAGAGGGCGAGGCGGGGCAGGCAAUUACGUUUCACAUGGGCCGGACAAGCAGACGCGGGACAGAAUAGAGGCGGAAAAGAAGAAACAAGAAACACAGCAAGCGGAGCGGGAAAUGCGUGAACGGGUCCUGAAGGACGUAGAGGCCGGAUUGACGCCUCCUAAGCCUGCGCAUCUUGGGUCGAGAUGGUGA